AUGGCGAAGCGCAAGAGAAAUGAACCUCUCAAGGACGAAAAGACUACCGAGAGCCCCGCCAAAACCGUCAAGUCCGCUCCCACUCCGAUGCAAGCUCCAGAUGCUGCUGUCACAGUGCAAGUAGUGACGGGCUCCUAUGAGCGGGUGCUGCACGGUUUCACGGCUGGCCUUCCGGCUUCCAGCUUCAGUGCCAAGAAAGAUGAUUCCAAAGAUUGCAAAAAUGCCGUUCAAUGCGUCGACACUUUCUUGUUCGAAGCCCAUGGAUCUGCAAUUCGCUGUCUGGCGCUCUCUCCGAUGCCCAAGGCCACCGACUCGCCGGACGCCCAAAAAGUCAUCAUGGCCAGUGGCUCGACUGAUGAACGCAUCAACCUCUACCAGCUAUCUGCUGCUCCUCCCGCUGUCAACGAAGACUACCCCACGGUACCAACCCUGGCUGGAAACAAGAUUCUUGAGAAUCCCAAGAACCGCGAGCUGGGAUCCUUGUUGCAUCAUACCGCCAGUAUCUCCUCCCUGAACUUCCCUUCUCGCAGCAAAUUGCUUGCCAGUGGAGAAGACAAUGUGAUCUCCGUCUCCAAGACUCGCGAUUGGACUGUGGUCUCGACCAUCAAGGCGCCUAACCCGAAAGUGCAGGGCCGCCCAAGCGGUGACACAGCUCCACCCGGCGCCGCUCCCUCUGGAGUCAAUCACUUCGCAGUCCAUCCGAGUAUGAAAUUGAUGGUUAGUGUUGGCAAGGGCGAGAAGUGUAUGCGGUUGUGGAAUCUGGUGACGGGCAAGAAGGCGGGAGUCUUGAACUUCAGCAGAGACUUGUUAUCAAGUGUGAAGGAGGGCAAGUGGAGCUCUGGAGAAGGCCGUCGUAUCGCAUGGAAUGGUGCUGGAGAGGAAUUUGCUGUAGCAUUUGAAUGGGGUGUCGUGGUGUUUGGUAUUGACUCAACUCCCAAGUGCAGAGCUCUGCCGAGUCCACGAAGCAAGAUCCACCAGAUGAAAUAUGUUUCUCUGCCGGAAGGAGAGGAUCAGAAGGGUGACGUUCUGGCCGUUUCAACGGAAGACGGCCGUGUCAUCUUUUACUCUACUACCGAGCUGAAGGACGCCGAGGAAGGCGAUGAAUCCGAAAUUCCUUAUGCUACUCCAUUGGCUCAGGUUGGCGGCAAACAAGCUGAGCUGCCCGGCCGUAUCAAGGAUUUCGAGAUCUUGGGCCUAGUCGAUCAGGCCAAAGAGAUUCGCAACGACUUCUUGCUCGUGACUGGUAACUCUGACGGUGUUGUUCGCAUCUGGAAGGUCGCUGCAAAAGAUCUUGUCCCAGCCAAGCAGUCCAAUGAUAGGAAGGAUAUCACUCGCCAGGUCGGCAACCUCUUGACUACCUACGAGACUGGCAACCGCAUUACAUGCCUGGCAGCCUUUGUCAUGCUCCCAGCGGAGGAUCCAUCCACACUUUUCGACUCGGAGGGAGAUGAAGAUGAAGAGGACGAGGAAGAGGAAGAGUCAUCCGACGACGACGAAUAA